CCCUCCCCCCUUUGAGGUGCACGGAUACUGUUACCUCACCUACAUGUUUGCAUCUGUCGUGCUAAACCCCCGCCCCCGGCCCAGUCACUCACGCACGCCGGAACGGGGAUGGAGGGGGGCAGGGACAUGGAGGUGGGGGGGCGUCUCAGGCCCAGCUGCCCUACGCGGGUCAGUCAGUGUUGCCAGAUGUGUAAUAAUGGUUUCAGAAUGCGGUGAAUUAGCCCGGUGUAGGACAAGAGGUAGAGUACAUGCGGUAAUACGGUCAUUCUCCUACAAGAACAAUUAGUCACACUAUGAUCCUUAGCAAUAGUCUGCCGCGGCAGGGUUUGCCAGAUAGGACGGUCCUGGCAGGCCUACUAGCAUUUUCUGUUAGGCCAAAGCCACGGUUCAAACGUCCUCAGUAACGUUGCUUUGCCUUCCUUGCAGGUGUAAUUAAUAUGAAUCAAGGUUAUGAACAUGAUCAAAGGCCGACAUCAGUGUGGCAGCGAGCAAGAUCCUGAGCACGUUAAUCCAGGCUUGGGAACCUGCUGAGCCGGGGUCAGCGCUGGAGGUGAGGGGGGUGGGGGGCGUGGUGGGUGGGCGGCGCGGCGCUCAGCACUCGGGGAUCGGCAGUGUGCAGGUCCCCGCCGCGCCGGACACACCGCCGACACAGUGCCGCCGGGAACACACACAGACACACCAACAUACAGACAUACACGGAGUGCCACAGCCCCGCGCCGCGCCGCGCCACACGAGGCGGCACCCACGCCAGCACGCCAUGGCCGCCACGUCCCUGAUACUGCACACGUCGGGGCCCGCCAUGCUGCCCCCGCACCAGCCACUCCUGUACCCGCCGGGGCCUGCCUUCCUGCCCCUGGCUCACAGCACAACACUCCUGCAGCAGGCCCGCCACCACCGCCUGCCGCCGCCACGGCCCCGGGCCCUCGCAGGCUUCACCAGCGGCAGCAGCAGCAGCCUGCCGGCAGCCCUGCAGCAGCACCUGGCGCCGCCGCCCCUCACAGACCUCCGCCUGCAGGAGCUGCUGGGCCACCACGACCGCCUAUCCCCCCCUACCACCGCCACCACCACUACCACCACCACGCCCUCCACCACCACCACCACCGCCGCGCCCUCCACCACCACCCCCGCCGCGGGGUGGGCGGGGCGCGGCGGGCAUCGGUUCGUGAGUCAGUUCCACGCGGGCCCCUUGUCGCCGCGGGGGGCGGGGGGCGGCGGGGCGGACGACGGCGUGGUGCUGCUGGUGGGGCUGUUCAACCUGCUGGCCGUGGUGGUGUACGCCGCGCACCGCCACCUGACGGGCGCCGCGCACGGCCUGUCCGCGCGGGUGAUCCAGUGGCAGGUGCAGCAGGUGCUGGACGACCUGGUCAUCAAGGUGCACAGCUCGGCGCCCGCCGCCAACAUGCUGGCCCGCGCCCUGCCCGCCUGGCCCCCCGAGCCCGCGAUGCCCCACGGCCGAGCCGCACCGCCCGCGCCCACGCCCUGGCUGCCCCUGCUGCUGGGGCAGGCGAGGGCACUGCUGCUGCACCAAGACCCCGCGGCCACGCGCUGGCUAGAGCAGGUCCAGCGCCGCCUGACGCAGGAGGUUGCGGCCACGCCCGCGGCGCUGCGCACCACCACCCUUCGGCCCGAGGUGUACCGGCCCCUGCAGGACCUGUACGCCGCCUUAGCCUCCGGGAAGGCCGCUACCGCCCUCGAGGCCUUCCUGACCGCCGCCGAAGGCGGCCGCGACCUGAACCCUCGGCCUGGCGCGGCGCCGCACGUGCGGGGCCUACUGGACGGCCUGGCCAACCUGACCCCGGACCAGCUGCGGGCCACGUUGGCCACGCUGACGGCUCUGGGCCGCGCUCAGCAGCGGCUGGACGUGCUGCCGGCCCUCGGCCCCCUGCUGGCGGGCAGAGCGGCCCCCGUCACCGCCAGGGUACGGGCACGCCGGGCCGCGCCGCGCAGCAGGAGCAGCGGGCGGCGCCAGCGGCGGGUGAUGCGGCGGCAGGGCGUGGUGGUGCCCGGAGACGCCGCCGGGGCCGCGGGGGAGGCGGGGGGCCACUGGACGGACCGCUGGUUCUCGCUGGUGACGCAGGCGGCGCCGGUGGGCCUGGACAUGAGCACGUUGUACGCCAGGGCGCGGGCACGCCCGGCCUGCCUCAGGGCGCUGCUCUGCCGCGCCAAUAAUGCCUGGCGCCAGGUGGGGCCCCUGCAGGCAGCCCUCACGCCCUUCACCAGCGUGGCCCUGAGCUGGGUGCUGGAGGACGCAGCGCCCCACUCCCUGGGUGACUCCCUCAUAGCAGUGCGAGCCGGCUGGAUGGGCAAGCCCUGCUCCAGCCUCUACCCGGAGUGCCCACUACACCCUGACCCACACCCUGCCGCCAAGGAGGCCAUCACAUUCUUCUCAAGAUUGCAGUUUGCCGCCACACAGCCACCGCCACCCCCGCCCCCCGCAGCAGAACCCAAGCACUCCCUCCCCACCCCCCAACAACAACAACAACAACAACAGGAAUCGAACACCAUAGAGGAACGCAUCGAUAUCACAAACUUCACCAAUCCUCAUACCGCUGCCUCCUCAUACCCCUCAUACCCCCCUCAUAUCCCCUCAUACACAUACCCACCACAUACCCUGGAAGCCUACCCAUCGGUCAGAGUCGAAGGAGGAGGAGGAGGAGAGAAGGAAGACAACACAGCAGCCUCCUUCCAUGCCUACUACAACAGGUACGAAGGUGAGGGCCCCGUUAGCGUACCUGGCGCCCAAUACAACACCAAAUACACCUAUGGAAAGGAAGACAGGUAUAAGAAGAAGGAGGAAGAGGAGGAUGAGGAGGAUGAGGAUAACUGGUGGAUGAAGGAAGAGAAGGAGGAGGAGAAGGAGGAGCAAGAUAACUGGUGGAGGGAAGAUGUGGAAAAGGAGGAGAAACGGUGGAAGAAGGAGGAGAAAGAGGAAGAGGAGAAGGAUAUGCAUUGGAGAAGAGAGGAGAAGGAGGAGGAGGAGGAGGAGGAGGAGCAAGACAGAUGGUGGAGGAAGGAAGACCGAUACAGGAAGAAACAGAAGGAGGAAGAAGAAACAGCUGCAGAAAAGAAGAAGGAAGAGGAGGAAGAGGAAGAAAACAAACGAAGGAGACAAAAGUAUAAGAACAGCGAAUCAAAGUAUAAACAAAACGAACCAUCCGACCACCACCACCAGCACUACCAGCCCCAGCAGCUCUCCAAUCACUUAUACGAGAAAUACGACAGCCCGGACUUGCCGAGCGGGACCGAUGGAUCUGGGGGAGUCCUGGCAUCGGGUAGCGUGUCUGGUAUGGCCCUCCAAGACCCACCCACACCCAACACAGCGCACACUUGGGAGCAGAUGUUCAAGGCUGGACUAUUUGGGACGUCAGUGGCGCAGAAGACAGCAGGAGGAGGAACAGGAGGGACAGGAGGAGGGAGUACGACGGGAGCGAUGGCAGGGCGACCUCGGGAGCACCCACAUCAUCACCCCUACCACCCCCAACAACAACAACACACCACCACCACCAACAACGGACACACCGCCAUGCAAAAAAUCCCCUACCAACCCCAACAACAACAACAACAACACACCACCACCACCAGCAACGGAAACACCGCCAUACAAAAUAUCCCCUACCACCCCCAACAACAACACACCACCACCACCACCAACGGACACACCGCCAUGCAAAAAAUCGGGACACAUGGAAACAACCACCAGUAUCACCAAUCACCACCACCACCACCACCGCCCAACACCAGACCGAGCCCAAGCCGCCCAUUCUUCAGCCUGCGCCCUCACCAGUACGCCCCAGUCAAGAAAUACAGGUAUGGGCUGCGACGCGGACUGCCGGCCGGGAACGUCAACAACAACAAGAACUCCGACACAUACUCCAUCCUGAAAAACGACGUCACACACCUCCACCGCCCACAGAAACCCUGGUACUCCUACACCGCGCGCCCCGACACCUACUCCACCUACUCCGCCUACUCCCACUUCCGCCCACGCACCACGUCAACCACAGCAGCUCCACCGUCCACCACCACUGCGACGCCAACCACCACAACCACGACUUCCAAGGCCGUUGCUCAGUUUGGGCCCGAGGAUGCGGUGACGGAUAUCCUGCGUAAUGAGUUGCUGUAUGAGUAUGUGAGGGACCGGAAGAUCUCUGUGCAUCUCGACAAGGAGGAGGAGGAAGACGAGGAGAGGAGUGCAAGAUAGAAGAAGACGAAAUAUAGUGGAUAAAAGUACAGUAAGAGGAUGCAAGAUAGAACAAGAGGAAACAGUUAAUAGAAGUACAGUAAGAGGAUGCAAGAUAGAACAAGAGGAAACAGUUAAUAGAAGUACAGUAAGAGGAUGCAAGAUAGAACAAGAGGAAACAGUUAAUAGAAGUACAGUAAGAGGAUGCAAGAUAGAACAAGAGGAAAUAGUGGAUAAAACUACAGUAAGAGGAGUGCAAAUAGAACACGAGAUAGUUAAUAGAAAUACUACAGUUAAGUUCCAUUAAUAUCAAUUCCACUACUCUCGCUUAAUUAAUCUAUGUAUGUGAGAGACUGCAAGAGCUCCGUGGACACUUAAAUGAGGAGGAGGAGAAAGGGGAAAGAAAUGCUAGACAGGACAGAGGAGGAACCAGCAUAUAAUGAACCAGUGUUAAAAGUCCAUUGAUUUAAUUUCCACUGAUCAGAAAAUCCAAUAGUAUGAAUUCAUGCAAACAGGGAAUUAUGACCUCUUGAAAAACAACAAUCUGAAUUCUUAAAAGGUCAAAAAUUAUGAUUAAAAAAAAGCUAUUCAAAAUUAGACAGGCAGGAACUUAUAACAAAAAAAUCCAACUGGGUUACGAGCUUUCAUUGGUUUGUUUGAAGGAAAGAUACUGCAUUAGCCAAGAAAUUUUAGCCCACAGCAGCAGUCUGAGGUGUGGAGUGCCAGAAACUAUAUAUAAAAAAGCUAUGGAUUAACGAAUUUUCACUGAGUAUAUAUAUCUUAGGGACAGAUAUCUAAGAGUAAUGAUUUUUUUCUAUAUACAUGUACUGCCAAACCAAGCACAAUAAUCCUGAGAGCAAAGGUUAAGCGAAGGACUGCUGUGAUGGUUGGGGCCGAUAUUUCCGUCUCCCAACAUCAUUCUCCAAGGUAAACUUAGCAGAUCCAAGGUACCUCGAGACCUGCCUUGGACCUUUCCCUUGGGACAUAAUUUAUUUAUUUAUUUUUUUUUUUUUACAGCAAAGAGACAGUUCAAGGGCACACAAAAAGCAAACAUUAAUUAAAAAAAAGCCCGCUACUCACUGCUCCUAAAAAGAAUCCAAAGAGGUGGCCGAAAGAUAGGUCAGUUUCGGGAGGAGGGUUUAUAUCGUCAUUUACACAUAAUGAAGUGCUUGUAUGUUCUCAUUGGCGUAUAAUACGUGAAUUUCAGUCCACCUCGACCCGUAUAUGAGGAAACAUUCAAAGAUACAAACACAUUUACAAGACUUUAGAGUAGAAGUGAAGAAAUAGGGUGAUGUUUUCCUGCAGGGUGUCACGCUUAUUGGCAGUGUAAAGUAGGUUCUGUAAAGUGAAUGAGCGAGAAUUAUGUUAUCAGAAUAAGAAUUAGAUUUUGUUUAUUCACAAGUGGAAGCAGAAGAAAUGCGAAAUAUUCAAUUGCUCGAGCAGUGUUACCAGAGGAGUGUUUCACGGAAGGUUUUCAUCCGCCAAACCUGCAAAGUUAGGGAAACAUCGGUGACGGUACUCCAGCUGGUAGUGACACAGAACACAAAACCAAGGGACACACGGGUUGUCUAAGGACUUACGCUGGACAUGGUAACAAAGGGAACAGUAUUUAGUUAUGGGACACAAGGUACAUAUAAGCACUGUGGUGGACAUGAUAACACAGGGAAUGGUAAAUAAAAGGACAAAGGGUAUUAAGGAAGAGGAGUAAUACAAUGGGGGACUGAGAGGUCGUACGCCAUUGGUCCAUUUACUCUCUCAUUUCACUGGGACUGGGUGGCGGAAAGGGAAGGGACUCUGGGUGAUGUUUGGGAUAUACGCCAUUAUAGUGUGUGCGUGUGUGUGUGUGUGUGUGUGUGUGUGUGUUUUGAUAUUUAUUCACAUGUAUUUGAAUAUUUAAGGGAUGAAUCAAGUUUGUAAUGUCAUGUAUUUACUAUUUACUCAUAUUCUUUUUAGCAUAUUAGUUUACGUUUGUGUGUGUGUGAAUGUGUGUGUGUGUGUGUGUGUUUUGAUAUUUAUUCACAUGUAUUUGAAUAUUUAAGGGAUGAAUCAAGUUUGUAAUGUCAUGUAUUUACUAUUUACACAUUCUUUUUAGCAUAUUAGUUUACGUUUGUGUGUGUGUGAAUGUGUGUGUGUGUGUGUGUGUGUGUGUGUGUGUGUGUGUGUGUGUGUGUGUGUAGUACAUAUACCAAUACUCUAAUCAACACAGUCAAUAACAAGGGCAUUCAAUAUUGACCAUUAGUGACCAUUUAGUGUUAGCCUGUAGUCGGGUGUUGAUAUGCUUUCCUAACAGGGCGUCAACACAAACAGUCAGACCACACAGGGCCAUUAUAGCACGCAGCAGACACCCAAUUUUGCAGACUAGUAAGGAAAGGCUCAUUCAAAAAGCCAGGAGCAUAACUUUUCCUGAUGAUGUGCUUUAAGGUUAGGAAAAUUAUAUGAUGAGAGUUUCGUAAUAGUCAAAUAUAGGUGAGAUUCCUUCGUCUGAAAUUCCAAAAUCCAGAAGUUUGUUUAGUGGUGACUUGGCUCGUCACACAUGGAAAAGUCCACAAAAUCAUGGGAAAGUUCCACCACGGACAGCUGUUGUGUACGUGCUGCUCUGGGUUGACAGGUCUGCGAUUUACCCACGCAAUUGGGCGGGUAAACCUACUGCUGCGUCAACACCUUGGGCAUAAAAACAUCUGCCUGCCACAAAUGCGGGUUUUGGGCAGCUUCUGGGAUGGAAUUGGGCGGGAACACUGUCCACGACCUGGCAAUUCUGGUGCUGCUAUGCGUUAGUUUGUUGUCAACAGUCCUCACAGUAACACCUUCGCUCAUUACUCAUUGUCAUUACCGCGUGUUGUGUGCUCUGUGGUGUAAAGAUAGUGUUGAAAAUGUCAGCACGGCUUGUAUAUUCCAAAAUCCAAAAAAAUCCCAAAUCUACAACACCUUUGGUCCCAGGGAUUUCGGAUAAGGGAUUCUCCCUGUAAUGUGUCUAGGAUAUGUAUAGAUUAGAAUCACGUGCUUAGAUUAAAAUUAUGUUUUUUUUAUCAUGCCUACAUUAGAAUUGUGUUUAGAACAGAAUUAUCUGUUUGGAUUAGAAAAAAAUUAUUAAAGUCAUGUAAUAGCCAAAUUUUUCAAGGCAAACACUGCUGCUACAUCUGACCCAGCUGGGAAGGGUUCUUUUUGUUGUUGUUGUUGUUUUUAAUGGAGCGAGCCAUCGUAUUACAGAUGGCACUCAAGCACAUGCCUCACCUCACCAUCACAUAUCUUUGUUUGCGUGGAGAAGGCGCUUUAUAGAGAAUUAAAAACCUGGGAAAUUAAAGACUAUGAAAUUGUGGGUCUGUUGUAUAUUUCUGAGGUUAUCUACUUCAUUUUUAAUCAUUAUUGCUUUAACUUUUCUUAACUACCAACCCCCGACUGCAUUAAACUGGGCGACUUAAUAAUGAUAGCCGUUAUUUAGGUGUGUGAACUUUACUAUAAUGUGUUCUGUCCACAUAAACUUCAGAAUUUGUAGCAAUAAGUGGAGGGAAUCAGCCACAUUUGCAGCAAGGUGUGGGGAGCAGACAGUUUCCCCUUGAUGAUGGUUUUCUUUCCUCAUUGCAUCAAGUGUGUCUAUUGUGAUGCAUUUCCAUAAAGCUGAAAAUCUGUAGCAAUAAGCAAAGAGAGUCAGUAAUAUUUGCAGCACGUUUUGGGGGGCGAACACAUUCAUUUUUUGUCUCAUGUUGCAGAACUUUUAUUAUUGUUACUGUUAUUAUUAUCAUUAUUAGUUUUUAUAAGUCUUUAAGCAUGUAAGAUACGCUCAGGAUGUGAUGUAUUGAUUUUUCCUGCAAUACACUAAAUAGUAUUCUUGUGAUAGACUUUUAGGGCAUUGCAAUGAUUUGUAUUACUGUUAGCUGUUAUUACUGUUGGCUGGUGUGCAAAUAUACUUCUUUUAUAACUUAUCUCCAUGUGGAACUGUUUUAUAUUCCCUUUUUGAGUGUGUAAGUGUGCAUGCCUACGUGUGUGUGGAGUAGAGCUUCUUCAGGGCUUGGUGAGCAGGUCAAAGGUUAUUCGCAUUGAGAUGGUCAUCGACUUCCUCAGCAAGACCCCUGACACCUCUCCUUGACUUUCCUCAGGAGAGCUCUAGUCCCAAGUGACACAGCCCUGCAUUGGUCCCGAUUCCCAGCAAGUCUGGUAGUAUGACCCUCCUCAAUAUUCUUCAGCGUCUCCGCCGAGGCAAAUCCACUCCUAAAUCUCGGGCGCUCUCCAAUGCACUCCUUGGCAGCUCGAAGAGUCUCACGUUUGAAGGUAUGCCACAGUUCUUCAGGGUCCUCGAGGGUGCUGAACAUAGGAAACCCAUUUAAGACUGUCACUGUAUACUCCUGACCACAUGCCAGGUCCUGCAGCCUCUCGAGAUGAACAUAGUAUUGUUGCAUCUCAAGAUUCUUCUUGACCUGACAUGAAAACUUAGUGCUACAACAACAAGUCUUUGAUCAGUUGUGAAGAACUUAGCACUCUGGAAGACCCUGCAGCUCUCAAGGAUCCUCCAAUGAGUACUUACGAGGAUGAGGUUAAUCUCCUCAGCUACCCCUUCAGCAUCGCUAUACCAAGUCCAGCGGUGCAGCUCUGGUCUCUGGUACAAGGAAUCUGCAAUUCUCAACCUCCUGGAUCUUGCAAAACUCAGGAGAUGUUGACGUUCCUGGUGCCAGAACCACGGGGACCAACACACAGCUCGUAGCUAACCCUGUCAGUGCCAGCAGUAGCAUUGAAGUCGCCCAGGACAAUGAGUGUGUCCCGGGGAGGGCACUGGUCUAAUGUGGAGUCAAGUUUGGUGUAGAACAUCUCCUUCUCUACCAUUUCACACAUCUCAGCGGGAGCAUACACUGCAACAAGAGACAUGAAGCCCAGUGCAUGCUUCAGCCUCACUUGUAUUAUACGCUCAGCAACGAGAGUAACCUCAACCACAAUUGGCUGGAGUUGGCUGGAGAUGUCC